AUGCCGUCGGUUUUUCGCAUCAUUGAUAUUAAACCAUUGAGUGAAAAUAAUCGUCUUUUCCAGGUGGAGUUGACACUUAUAAGUGACAAUGACAAGGAUCUUCGUAUGCUUACUGAUUGUAUUCGAGAAGAGACUUUACCGAACACCAAAGGAUGGCAUCGAUUGGGUGAAUUGCUACUUAAAUUAUGUCAAUUCAAUAAGGCUCAACAAGUUUAUGAAAUCAUGCUUGAACAAACAACCAAUGAGAGUGAAAAGGGAAACAUUUAUGAUCAACUUGGAAUGGCCAAAGAUGGUCAAGGAGAAUAUAGAGAGGCAAUAAGUUUCUAUGAAAAAUCACUUGAAAUCUACAACAAAACUCUUCCUUCAAAUCAUCCUAAUUUGGCAAUGUCCUAUAAUAACAUCGGUGGAGUGUAUGACAAAAUGGGUGAAUACUCAAAAGCAAUUUCAUAUUACGAGAAAAACCUUGAAAUUCUACAACAAUUACUUCCUUCGAAUCAUCUUGAUUUGGCUAUGUCCUACAACAAGAUUGGUGUGGUAUAUGACAAGAUAAGUGAAUAUCCAAAAGCACUUUCAUAUUUCGAAAAAACUCUUGAGAUUCAACAGCAAUUACUUCCUCUGAAUCAUCCUGAUUUGGCCGCUUUCUACAACAAGAUCGGUAUAGUGUAUGACAAAAUGGGUAAAUACCCAGAAGCACUUUUAUAUUACGAAAAAGAACUUAAAAUUCGACAACAAUCACUUCCACCAACUCAUCCUGAUUUGGCUUCUUUGUACCUCAACAUUGCUAUGAUGUAUCGCAAAAUGGGUGAAGACUCAAAAGCACUUCCAUAUUACGAAAAAAAUCUUAACAUUUUAAAAAAUGCAGUACUUGAUAUGUACGAAAAACAGACUCAACUAUCUUUCAAGUAG